CCACCUCUAGGCGCCCGCCGAGCUCGGCGCCGAACGGGCGACGCCUGCCGGCCGGACGCUAGGGAGAAGUCCUCGCGCGCCUCACGAAGUCGCGCCACGCCUCACGUCGUCGGCUCCCGAGCGCGAGCCCUUCCGCUCCGGCCUGCCGCCUCCGCCUCCCGCCAGUCGCCGAGCCGCUGUCAGCAGUCUACUGCCGUCUGUCUCGACGCGCAGGCGUUGCCAGGCAAGCCCGCCUCUCCGGCUCCCGUCUGUGCCGGACGUUCCCUGAUUUCCCGGCCGGAAGCGCUGAUCUCCGGCAGCCGCCGGAAGCUGCCGAGACUGAGCCUGCUGGAGCGCCUCCGGCUCCUAGACGGCAACUGUUGCUCCGCGCGAGCGGCCCGCUGAGUGACGUCGUCGCUGUCUAAGGUCUUCGACGCCUCUGCCCACCGGUGAUCCUGGCGACCGAAUUUCGUCACUAGGUGGACCAAGCUGCUAGUGGAGGUCCCGGCACUGGUCAUCGCGCCGGUGCUUCGCCUGUUAGGACGACAUCGCGAACGCCUCGGCCAUGGCGUCAGGAAAUCCGUACCAGAACUGCACGGUGCUUCAGUUGCUGGACAACGAUACGGUCAACUGUCUCCAGGUGGCGCCAAGCACCGACCCCUACAAGGUCAUCAACGCCAUCCUCUACGCCACAGUGAUGAUGAUCGGGCUGAGCGGUAACACGCUGGUCAUUUACGUCAUCCUGCGCUACAGCAAGAUGCAAACCGUCACCAACUUCUACAUCUUCAACCUGGCGGUGGCGGACGAGAUCUUCCUCAUCAGCAUUCCCUUCAUCCUGACCACGAUGUCGCUGGGUCACUGGCCGUUCGGCAUGGUCAUGUGCAAGAUCUACUGGACCAUUACCAGCAUCAACCAGUUCACCAGCAGUCUGUUCCUGACGGUGAUGAGUGCGGACCGCUAUCUCGCCGUUUGUCACCCCAUCAGCUCGACCCAGUGGCGUACACCGCUCGUGUCCAAAAUCGUCUGUCUGACGGCCUGGACGGCCAGCUCCCUGAUGGUGGUGCCGCUCUUCAUGUACGCUGCCGAGUACGAGGGCCAGUGUAACAUCUUUUGGCCGGAGGACAUCGGCGGCGAGAAGGCGUUCACCCUCUACACCUUCGUCAUGUCCUUCGCCAUGCCCGUCAUCCUGAUCCUCGUCUUUUACGUCCUCGUCAUCCACAAGCUACGCCAUGUGGGGCCGAAGAACCGGUCUCGCGAGCGCAAGAAGAGCCACCGCAAGGUGACGCGGCUGGUACUGACCGUCAUCACCGUCUACUUCUGCUGCUACCUGCCCUUCUGGGUCACCCAACUCUCGAUGACGCUCAGUAGCGAGGCGCGCGUCCGCCACAGCCCCGUCAUGGUCUGCGUCAUCCUGCUCGUCUACACGCUCACCUACUUCAACAGCGCCGUCAACCCCAUCCUGUACGCCUUCCUCAGCGACAACUUCAAGAAGUCGUUCGUUAAGGCGUGCCAAUGCGCGCGCCUACCCGACGUCAACAACGCCCUGCAGGCGGAGAACUCGGUGUUCCCCCGCCGCCACGGGCGGCAAGUCGCCUUCCCCUGUCACGCUCAGCUCAACCCCUGCAGCCUGGCCGAGACGUCCAACGGUCACCUGACCCUGAAGGUGCCGGCCAUCGGCUGA